AUGGGGUUCCCAAACUAUUGUUUGGCUUUUAUGAUUAUUGCACUUUCUCUCAAGGCAAGGAUUAUAACAAGUCAGAAUAUAACAUGCAACAUAGAUGACUUGAAAGCCUUGAAGGUUUUUCAAAAUUGUGUAGAAUCGGGCAUUGAAGGAUGGAACAACUCUGCUUCUCUUGAUUGCUGCAAUUGGAGAGGAGUUACAUGUUCUGCUUUGCCUAGCAUAGGCAAAAGGAUUGUUGGUUUGGAGCUUGGCAAUAUGAGACUCACCGGUGAAAUUUGCGAGUCUUUUUCAGGAUUGGAUCAGUUGAAAAUCUUGAACCUCUCUCAUAACAACUUCAGCGGUAGUCUUCCUGAUGAGUUCUUUCAUUUUCAUAACUUGGAGGUUCUUGACCUCAGCAACAAUAAUCUUGCGUCUACUUUUGCAAGUAUUUGUGAAGUUUCAACCAGCCUUCGAGUCCUUGAUCUCUCAAAUAACCAUUUCUAUGGGGAAAUACCAAAGAGUUUGGGCAAUUGUACUUCUUUGCAGAUCCUUUCUCUUCAUGGAAAUGAUCUAUCAGGAAAUUUUCCGGAGAGCGUCUUCAAGCUCCAUAAUCUCAGUGAACUCAAGCUUGCAGGUAGCCUUCCAGAUAUCUUUAAGAGACUUGGUAAGCUUGAGUACUUAAUCGCUGAAUCUAACAACUUUACCGGCCAGUUGCCUGCUUCUUUGACCAACUCUCCUUCUCUUCUAGUCCUUAAUAUGAACAACAACUCUUUGGAUGGUCAAAUCAAUCUCAACUGCUCUGCAAUGGUUAAGCUCAUGUCUCUCGAUCUAGGCUCCAAUUCAUUCCAGGGUCCCCUCCCUAAAAGCUUAUCAACUUGCCGACGAUUGGUUAGCGUUAAUCUUAGCCAUAACAAGUUCAAUAGUGAAGUUCCUCAUAGCUAUAAGAAUCUUCAGGCAUUGUCAUUCUUCUCCGUAUCCAAUGCAGGGAUCCGUAAUUUAUCUGCAGCCCUUGUAACUCUUCAACAUUGCAAGAACUUGAGUGUGCUUGUUCUCACAAUGAACUUUCACGAGGAGGAAAUGCCAAGUGAGGUGGAUUUGCGGUUGAACAACAUUAAGUCCUUUGUUUUAGCGAAUUCCCAACUCAAAGGUAGGAUUCCAAAAUGGUUGAGCGGCUGCAAUAAGUUGCAACUUUUGGAUCUAUCUUGGAACAAUUUGCAGGGUACUGUUCCUUCCUGGUUUGGUAAGCUUGAAUUCCUUUUCUACCUGGAUUUGUCAAACAACUCAUUGAGCAGUGAAAUUCCUGAGAGCUUGACCGGACUAUGGUGUCUCGACCAAGAAUAUUUCUUCUCAGAAGAGCCUAUUCCAAGUUUCCCAUUCUACUCUUGUCAUCAAGGUACAACGGGUUUGAAGUACAACAAGUUGCAGAACCUUAGGCCAUCUUUGGAUCUAAGUAACAACAAUCUCACCGGACCAAUUUGGCCAACUUUUGGGAAUAUGAAAAUGCUUCAUGUUUUGGAUUUGAGAAAGAAUGGUCUCUCGGGAAUCAUUCCAAGUAGCCUUUCUGGAAUGAAAAACUUGGAAAUAUUGGAUUUGUCUCAGAAUAAGCUUUCUGGUUCUAUUCCCUAUUCAUUGUUAGGACUUCACUUCCUAUCCCAUUUCGAUGUAUCCUUCAAUAUGUUGUCUGGACAAAUCCCUUCUGGAGGUCAGUUUGACACCUUUCCAUUUUCAAGCUUUGAAGGGAACAAGGGCCUUUGGGGUUUCAACUUUCCAUCUUCUGAUCCAGUACUUGAGCAGACUACUUCUCUGGCUCCCAAUAACAAUGACCAAACAGGGGAUUUUGGAUGGGCAUUUGGAUUGGGAACCGCAACUGGUUUUGUUCUUAGUGUCUACUCUUGCUUUAUGUCUGGAUGGGUGUUUCCAGAAGCAGGGCGAAAAGAAGAAAGUAGAAUCGGAAUUAGAGGCCGGAGAUGA